CCCGGACUGGUGCAUUGGAUUUCAUUGUAAAUCUCAUAACUGAUCGAGAGGAGGAAAGAAAUAAAAAAUCAGCCGGAGGAGCUGUGUAACUUCAGCAUCCACUGGGGAGAGACGCAGCACAGAGCAGACAGACAGAUUCCCUUCCAGGAAUUGAGAGCGGCGACUCCACGCCUGCCAGAGACAGGGAGGCACUCACCCAGCCAGCCAGCAGCCAGUGUCCUCUGCUGGACUCACACUACAGCCUCCUCUGCUGCUGCUGCUCUCUGCUUACCUGGAUGGGGACAGUCCCGUCGCACUGUGUCUCCUUUAGGGUCUCUUCAUGCUAGCCUCACACGGGAUAUACACAUUAGGAAGAAAGACUUCUAAGCACCGUUCUCCUAGCUGCUCCUUCUUACAGUAACCCUGCACAAUGGGCAGCAAAGGGCACUACAGAUACCACUGGCAAAGCCACAAUGUAAAGCACAGUGGAGUGGAUGAUAUGGUCUUAUUGUCCAAAAUCUCAGAGGACUCCAUAGUGGACAACCUGAAAAAACGUUAUAUGGAUGAUUUCAUCUUUACAUAUAUUGGGCCAGUGCUGAUUUCUGUGAAUCCAUUCAAACAGAUGCCUUACUUUGGGGAAAAGGAAAUUGAAAUGUACCAAGGAGCUGCUCAGUAUGAAAAUCCACCACAUAUCUAUGCAUUGGCUGAUAACAUGUAUAGGAACAUGAUCAUUGACAGGGAAAACCAGUGUGUCAUUAUAAGUGGAGAAAGUGGUGCAGGAAAGACUGUGGCUGCCAAAUAUAUCAUGGGCUACAUCUCAAAGGUGUCAGGGGGAGGCCCUAAAGUCCAGCACGUGAAGGAUAUCAUCCUGCAAUCAAACCCUUUAUUAGAGGCCUUUGGGAACGCAAAGACAGUGAGGAAUAACAACUCCAGCCGAUUUGGAAAAUACUUUGAAAUCCAGUUCAGCCCGGGGGGAGAACCAGAUGGAGGAAAAAUAUCCAACUUUUUACUGGAAAAAUCUCGGGUGGUGAUGAGAAAUCCAGGAGAGAGAAGUUUUCAUAUAUUCUAUCAGUUAAUUGAAGGUGCUUCUAAAGAACAAAGAAAUGACCUUGGGAUCACAAGCUUAGAUUAUUAUUACUACCUUAGUCAAUCUGGAUCUUACAAAGUGGACGACAUUAAUGACAAAAGAGACUUCCAAGAAACCAUGCAUGCCAUGAACGUGAUUGGGAUCUUUGCUGAAGAGCAAGCUAUGGUGCUGCAGAUUGUAGCCGGGAUUCUACACCUGGGCAAUAUUAGCUUCAAAGAGAAAGGAAACUAUGCAGCGGUGGAGAGUGAGGAGUUUCUAGCAUUCCCUACAUUCCUUCUGGGUAUAAAUGAAAGUCGUUUAAAGGAGAAGUUGACCAGCAGGCAAAUGGACAGCAAGUGGGGUGGCAAGUCAGAGUCCAUUAAUGUGACGCUAAAUGUGGAGCAGGCCUGCUAUACCAGAGACGCUCUAGCCAAAGCACUUCAUUCUCGUGUCUUUGAUUACCUCGUAGAUUCUAUUAACAAAGCUAUAAAGAAGGAUCAUGAAGAAUAUAAUAUUGGUGUUCUUGAUAUUUACGGCUUUGAGAUUUUUCAGAAAAACGGGUUUGAACAGUUCUGCAUCAAUUUUGUGAAUGAAAAACUGCAACAAAUAUUCAUAGAGCUGACUCUCAAAGCAGAACAGGAAGAAUACAUUCAGGAAGGAAUUCGAUGGACACCUAUAGAAUACUUUAACAAUAAGAUUGUAUGUGAUCUCAUUGAGAAUAAAGUGAAUCCCCCAGGUGUGAUGAGUAUUUUGGAUGAUGUAUGUGCUACCAUGCACGCUGUGGGAGAAGGUGCAGAUCAGACCCUGUUACAGAAACUCCAGAUGGCAGUGGGGACCCAUGAACAUUUUAACAGUUGGAAUCAGGGUUUUAUUAUUCACCAUUAUGCUGGAAAGGUGUCGUAUGAUAUGGAUGGCUUCUGUGAGCGAAACCGGGAUGUACUUUUCACCGACCUCAUUGAACUGAUGCAGAGUAGUCAGUUGCCUUUCAUAAAAGCUUUAUUUCCGGAAAACCUUCAUGCAGACAAGAAGGGUCGUCCUACUACGGCAAGCAGUAAGAUCAAGAAACAAGCUAAUGACUUAGUGAACACACUGAUAAAAUGUACCCCCCACUAUAUCCGCUGUAUCAAACCUAAUGAAACCAAGAAGCCCAGAGACUGGGAGGAGAGUAGGGUGAAACAUCAAGUGGAAUAUUUGGGGCUGAAGGAAAACAUCCGUGUGCGACGAGCAGGCUAUGCCUACAGGAGGGUGUUUAAGAAAUUCUUGCUGAGAUAUGCUAUUCUGACCAAAGAGACUUGGCCUUCCUGGCGAGGAGAUGAAAAACAGGGUGUCCUCCAUUUACUGCAUUCUGUUAACAUAGAGCCCGAUCAGUUCCAACUUGGGAAAACCAAAAUAUUCAUCAAAGCUCCUGAGUCGUUGUUUCUCCUGGAGGAGAUGCGGGAGAGAAAAUAUGACGGUUAUGCCAGAACAAUUCAGAAAGCCUGGAGGAAGUAUGUUGCAAGGAAGAAAUAUGUUGAGAUGCGAGAGCAAGCCUCUGAUCUUCUCCUCAACAAAAAAGAAAGAAGACGCAACAGCAUCAACAGGAAUUUCAUUGGUGACUACAUUGGCAUGGAAGACCACCCGGAGCUUCGUCAAUUCUUGGGAAAACGAGAAAAAGUUGAUUUUGCAGACACUGUUACAAAGUAUGACCGAAGGUCUAAAGGAAUAAAGAGAGACCUUAUCCUUACACCAAAGUCUGUGUACCUCGUUGGAAGGGAGAAAAUUAAACAGGGCCCUGAGAAGGGAAUGGUGAAGGAAGUUGUAAAAAAGAAGAUCGACGUGGAACGUAUUCUUUCUGUUUCUCUAAGCACAUUGCAAGAUGACUUUUUCAUUAUUCAUGAACAAGAGUAUGAUAGUCUGCUGGAAUCUCUAUUCAAGACUGAAUUAAUAAGCCUAUUAUCCAAGCACUACGAGGAGAAGACCCAAAGAAAACUACCUCUGAAAUUUAACAAUACACUUGAUAUGAAGUUAAAAAAAGAAAACUGGGGGCCAUGGAGUGGGGGAAGUGGCUCCCGUCAAGUGCAAUUUAUUCAAGGGUUUGGAGAUUUAGCCAUACUGAAACACAGCAAUAAGGUGCUACAGGUCAGCAUCGGCCCAGGCCUGCCACGGAACUCCCGGCCAACUAGAAGAAACAUUGUUGACGGAAGAGGUAACAACCAAUCAAAGUCCUACCCAAGUAGAGCUGCUCCACCACCUCCAGGAUCCCAUCAGAAUGGGGGGAUACAGAGCUAUCAAUACGGGCACCAGCAGCAGAAACCUGGAAAGCCAUUAAAUAACUCCAGAACCUCCCAUCCAUCUUUGGACCACCCAACUUUACCACGGCAAGUUGCUGGCGCGACCUCCAGAAAUCCCCAGCAGCCACAGAGCUUAGACUUUCUUCGUGUGCCAGACCAAGGUGUUGCAGGUGUACGUCGGCAGACAACAAACCGACCGAGUCCAGGAGGUGGAAGACCUAAACCUCAGCCAAAACCCAAACCCCACGUGCCGCAGUGUAAGGCCCUGUAUGCGUAUGAUGCACAAGACACAGAUGAGCUCAGCUUUAAUGCUAAUGACAUCAUAGAGAUUAUCAAAGAAGACACCUCCGGGUGGUGGACCGGCCGACUACGAGGCAAACAAGGACUCUUCCCUAAUAAUUAUGUCACCAAGAUCUAAGAUUGGUAGCAGAACUGAGACUGGACUUUUUCUUUUUUUUUUUUUUUCUUUUAACUCUUAUCUAUUUACCGCCUUCCAGAAACUUGUCACUGUCACAUGGGGAAAAGGGCCGCACAUUUACUUGAGAAGCCCAAACCAAAUGACACCUCAGUGGCAGCUGAGCGCUGCAGAAUACGGACACCAAAGCACUGAACUGGAAGCUAUUUAUUGCGUUUAAUCCUAUAUUUGGACUAAUUGCUGCCUGAUGGACCAUGAUGCAUUGCUGAGCAGUGUGUUGCAAACCUUUCCAGUAGCAUGAGGGUUAAACAGAGUGAAGGGUUUGCCAUAGCAAGUGCCUUUUUUGUGUUUACUGAUGUUAAGUUAUAAGAAGAUGAGUAAUAUGCACAGUUCCUCUCUCCAUGUGCAUAUGGAUGAAGGAAACGGUUUCAUAUGCUGCUAACACCUCACUGACCAAUGGAGGAAAUUUAUUACCGAUUGAAGUGGGAUACAGUAAGAAUGUAUGUGUUAAUUAUCAAUAACUGACCAACUCCAAAGGCACUGUGUAUUGGAUAAUAUGUGUAUGCGCUGCACGGUUGCAUAGUCUUAUAUUGGAAUAUGGCUGGUCCAUGUCAAUUCUUGGUAUAGAAUGUUGUUACCUGUCACAGGAAGCAUCUCAUUCUUUUAAGCUGUAAAUUUCUAAGGCAUUUUACAUAUACUGUAUACACACAUAGGAAUGUGCAAGUAUGAGUACACAUAUUUGUAUAUAUGUACAUAUAUGUGUGUAUGUAUGUGUGUGUGUAUAUGUAUAUAUAUAUAUAUACACACACACACAAUUUCAUGUAUAUGUGUGUAUGUGUUUUAAAAACGUAUGGAUGGAUGCCAUUGUACUCAAAUGUAUCUAUGGCAAUUUUAGGGCUAUUGUAUCAGGUACUUACAAAAUCUGCACUUAUCACCAUGUUUUUAAUGCUUUCUAGCCAUUGCUGUUGCUUAUACGAUGGAAAUUCCUUAGGUAUUGCAUAUUUCCUGAAUACCGAUUAACAUAAGCCAGCCCAAUCAAAGCAGAUUGGCUUUCUGCACCAUAUAAUAGGCUAUUUAAUAAACAUAUUUCGGUUUUAUCCACAUGAA